AUGUCCCCACGCUGUGCGCUGCUCACCUGCGCCCUCCUCGCCUUCCUCGCCCCCCUUGCCCUGGGGGAAGAGCUGAGCGAGGAGCUCUCGGCCUGCUGCAGUCUCGUCGUGCCCCGGGGAGAGUGGAGGGCUACCGCGUCCUCGUGCUCCCAGAAGCUGAGCCUGCCUGCGCGUUAUGUGAUAGUGUCGCACACAGCGGGCGCUUCCUGCGACAGCCCAGCCUCGUGCCAGCAGCAGGCCCGAAAUGUGCAGUAUUACCACGUGCGGGAGCGGAAGUGGUGUGAUGUGGCCUACAACUUCCUGAUCGGAGAUGACGGGCUGGUGUAUGAGGGCCGGGGCUGGGACACCAAGGGCGACCACACAGGAUACAUCUGGAACCCCAUGUCCAUUGGGAUCACGUUCAUGGGCAAUUACAUGGAGCGAGUGCCCCCAGCCCGGGCCCUCCGGGCAGCUCAGAAUCUGCUGGCCUGCGGCGUGGCUCGGGGCGCCCUGCUUCCACAAUACGAGGUAAAAGGGCACCGAGAUGUGCAGCAGACACAGUCCCCGGGCGACCAGCUCUACGCCAUCAUCCAGAAUUGGCCGCACUACCGAGACUGA